UUUUUGUUUGAAUGGCGCCAUCUCUUUGAAAAUAAUGGCAUAAGUGUCUUAUUGCAUCUUUCGUACGAAAGUAGAAGUAAAAAUUGAACGAAGAUCAAUGUAGUGGACGUAAACCAAUUGAGAAGUAUUUUAAGUCUAUCAAUACCGUAGCUUUGAGUUUAUAGACUUUAGAAAAUGGCUCAAACAACAGCAUUGAAACGUUUCGUGCUUUACAGAAUACAAUAAAGAAAGUAAUACUUUGAGGCAAGAUUAUAUACAAAAUAUUCAUGGCUGGUAUAGGAAAUUUUCAAGUAAGAUUUGGGAUAAAUGAUACUGCUCUUACAAGAGCACUAGAGACAAGUGAUUAUGAAAGAGCAUGUACAAUAAUAGAAGAAAAUGCUACAGAUCCUGAAUUUUUCAAUGAUGGACCUUAUGAACGUGUCCCACUAUAUAUAGUGUUGUGUGGCAAAGGACUCACUUCUAACAUAGGAACAAGAAACCUUCAUAUGGCUAAACUUUUGAUAGAUCAUGGCGCAGAUCCUAAUCUUCAUGUUCCAGUGUUUAAUCCUCGUUGGAUGACAUUAGCAAGGCAAUUUAGUCAAAGUCCAAUGGAAUUAUUGUUAGAUUUUUAUAUACAUUCCCUUCAUCUUUAUGUGAAAGAUAGAUGGAAUCCAGAAGUAGCACGUGUGAUAGGUCUAAAUGAUUCAGUUAUUACAACUUUUCCUGAAUUACGAGAACAGUUGUUGGAGUUGAUUGAUUGUUUCAUAGCACAUAGAGCAGAAGUUAAUGUUUAUCUCGGAGACACACCUGCUCUUAUCCGUUUGCUUUUCACAUAUCCUGAUCUUGAACUUACUGAAAAACUGAUCCAAGCUGGAGCAGACAUUACAUCAACAGAUUCUCAUGGAAAUACUCCAUUAAUGGCUCUGUGCCGUCCAAAUUGGAAACUUCAAAAUAAAUUACAUAGAGAAGAGCAUUUAAAAGAUGUGUUGAAAUAUCUUUUGCAGUUUACAACAUUAGAUCUUAAUUAUGUUAACUGCAUGAACCAGAGUGCUCUAUGGUAUCUAUUUUGUACAAGCAGUUUAAAUUUGGCAAAUACUCUAAUUGAAGCUAAUGCAGAUCCUUCUAUUGCUGGAGUUGGAUACACUCCUUGUGGCCCUUGUCUGUCUUCUCCAGAUGUAUUAAUUGGUGGACGAAUACCAGCAGUCUUGAUGUCAUUAACAAGAACCUUAAAGUCAAGUUUUGUUUAUAGAGAUGAAUGGAAAGCAGGGGAACUUCCAUUUACUGUAUCAGAAGAACUAUCAGCUCUUGUUGAUUCAGGUAAAAGUAUCUCAUACACAUCAAAUAAAUGUUUUCUUUUAGUGAAUUUAUUUUAAAAUUUUAUCCAUUAAAUUGUAAAGUUAACAUAUACAUCAACUGAAUAAAAUCCAGAAAAUAAUACAUGCUUAAAAAUAGUAAGGACUGUAAGUAGCAAGAUGAGUAAAUUAUAAAAAUAAUUGCUAUAUUAUUGGAUUUACCUGAAACUUUUAUUGUAGCGGAAUCAUUUAUUACAUUAGUUGGUCUGAUAAAAUGAAUGCUGUAUUCUUCUUACUGAUAUAUAUUAUUUUGGUAUAGAGAAUUUAGCAUCAAUUUUCAAUCUUAUUAGAUGGAGAUUGUUGUGAAUGGUAGUUUAAACAAUGCUUUAUUAAUAUUGAUAUUUUUAAAUUUUUA